UGCCAAUUACAUCAGAUCAAGCCCCGGGACGGCCGUUGAGGAUAGAAAGGGUGAGGCUCUCGGUCCAAUUGGGAAAGUUAGGGUUCUCAAAUAUCGCUGCCAAUCCUUGAAAGAAAACUUAUGGCGUUAAUGGCGAUGACUACGAUUGGCCCAAGAGUUCCAUUUCAACGAAUUCGAGCUCCUUUUCCUCGGGUGAUGGUUUCGAUGCAUGCAAAAACUAGCGUUUCUUUCAAUAAAACUGUCGACAGUGUUGCUAUUGGUAAUGCAUGGGAAGGUCCAUACCAGAGUUUAAUGUUUUCUUGUGGAAGAGACUUUACGUGUUUGUCCUGGCCCACAUUUGCAACUGGUUCAGGUUUAGAGGCAUCAAUUACAGAUCAAAAGAAGAGUGACUUAUCAUUGGACAAUGUUAAGAUAGUUGUCGAGUCACGUGAUGAUGAUAAGAUUCAUGUAAGAGUGGACUUGACCGGAGAGGAGACACAAAAGGCACUUGACGAUGUUUUGACAAAUUUGGCCCGUACUGCACCACCUAUUCCAGGGUUUCGUAAAAUGAAAGGAGGAAAAACAUCCAAUGUCCCAAAAAGCUUUCUAUUACAGGUCCUUGGGAGAGACCGUGUUACCAAAUUCCUUAUUGAGGAAAUUGUUGGCAUGACCAUUGGAGACUACGUGAAGAAGGAAAAACUGAAGGUAAAGAGCCAGUUUAAGACAACUCAAACAGCGGUAGAACUUGAAUCGGCUUUUACCCCAGGGAGUGAAUUUGGAUUCAAUGCUACUAUUGAUUUUGAUAAAUCAGAUCUUGAAGCUACCAGCUCAGGCUCCUCUUAGCCUUGCAUCCAGGAAUUCAUUUUCCUAUGCUUGUUUAUUUUUCAAAAAUUAAAAAUUCAUCCCUCAAGGGUAUUAUUGAUUAGGUUUCUUUCCUAAACAACAAGAUAUAGAUCUUAUUCAAAUGCCAAUUCAUUGUCUUCGCAGAAAUCCAAUGAUUUGUUAUAAACAUGUCGCCUAGAUGCUUAUAGAGAUUUUCAUUUUCAUGAGUUCGUUCUUGUAAUACAUGUUUUCGAUGGAAAUUGCUACAUUUUCAUUAA